UUGCCGUAGUUGGACUCUAGCCUAGUCGUCUGAGGGCAUAUUAAUAUAUUGUAGACGUUUUAUUUCUAAUCUAAUUCUGCUUAAUUUUAACUUUGUAACAAUACGUUUCUUCUGCCUCGGCUCACACGUUUGAGGGAAAAGCCCAAUAAAUAUCUCCGACACUGAACUGCUCAAUAGCUAAUGGCUAACCAGUCUAGCUGCCAGUGAGGAUACAGCUCAUGAAAAACAACAUCAACAAACUAAACACAACAGUGAGUGAGAAUGAUUCUCUAUUAGCUAAACGUUCACGAUGCCUUUCUGUAAUAGCUCCAACUUACUCUAUUACUGAAUAUUUACAACAUACGAGGAAAAGGCGUGUGUUGCUAAGCUCACCUUAAAUACCCUUUGACCUGACAGUGCAGCUCUAAUGAGGACAUGGGUCUGUUAAACUGUACCGUAGCUGUGCUCCUCACCGCCAUUGUUUUAUCAACAUGUUUGCACCUCAGCCACCAUGAGACCAGACUGGUUUGGCCAGUCCAUGCUAAACAAAAUAAGACCAUAGCACAUGAAAGGCUUCUUAGUAAUCCAGCAAAACCACACAACAAUCCAGUGACGACAAUGGGAAUCCACCCAGAAAACUCCCAAGACACUGAUGUUUCCAGUGAUAGUAGAUGCACAACGUCCCCAGAGAGUCGGUUUGACUGUGCCAGAGACAGGGUCCUCAGCCAGAGAGAGUGUGAGGAGAGGGGCUGCUGCUAUGUCCCCCUGCCCAACUCUGCGGGACCACCUUGGUGCUUCUACCCCCAUUUGUACCCUGGCUACAAAAUGGGACCCUUCACUCCCACCCCGCGAGGCCAGACUGCCACCUUGACUCGUGCCACCCCCUCCUAUCUCCCCAAAGAUAUCCCCACUCUCCGCUUGGAAGUCACAGAGGAGACUGCAGGCUGCUUGCACCUCACUCUGAAGGACCCAUCCUCGCAGCGGUAUGAAGUUCAGCUCCCCGCCGGUAUUCCUGAGAGGAAAACUGAUACCCAAGAUGUUCUCUAUACCACUGAAUACCAGUCUGACCCAUUUGGUUUCAUAGUGCAGCGUAAAUCAAAUGGGAGGGUGAUUAUGAAUACCACAGUCGCUCCUCUGCUGUUUGCUGACCAGUACCUGCAGCUGUCCACCACACUGGCCUCCUCUCUCGUGUCUGGCCUCGGGGAGCAUUACACCUCCCUUCACCUUGAUCUUAACUGGACUUCUCUGACUCUCUGGAACAGAGACGUGGCACCUCAUGCUGAUGCUAACCUCUAUGGUUCCCAUCCGUUCUACAUAGUACAGGAGGAGGACGGUCUGGCACAUGGAGUUUUCCUUCUUAACAGCAACGCCAUCGAGGUGAUGUUGCAGCCAACCCCUGCUCUCACCUGGGUGUCCACAGGUGGAAUCCUGGACCUGUACAUUUUCUUGGGUCCAGACCCUCAAAGCGUUAUAAGACAGUACCUCCAGGUCAUUGGCUAUCCUAUGAUGCCUCCCUAUUGGUCACUUGGCUUUCAUCUGUGUCGCUGGGGUUACACAACCACAAAAACAACCCGGCUGGUGGCGCAACGCAUGCACGAUGCCAACUUUCCCAUGGAUGUGCAGUGGAAUGACCUGGACUAUGCACAUAAGCGCAGGGUAUUCACCGUUGACCCCUGGCGAUUCGGGGACCUCCCAGAGAUGGUGGAGGAGUUCCAUAAGAGAGGCAUGAAGUACAUCCUCAUUCUGGACCCUGGGAUCAGCAACACCAGCCCCACUGGAACUUAUGCUCCAUUUGAUGAUGGACUGAAACGAAACGUCUUUAUUAAAAAUGCUACAGGACACAUCCUAAUAGGGGAGGUUUGGCCAGGCCCAACAGUCUUCCCUGACUUCACCAACCCAGAGACCAGGCAGUGGUGGGAAGACUGCAUUAGAGAGUUUUAUUCUAAAGUUCCAGUGGAUGGUCUGUGGAUUGAUAUGAACGAACCAGCCAGUUUUGUCCAGGGCUCAGUCGAGGGUUGUCCUGACAGUGAUCUUGAGAGCCCGCCCUACACACCCAGGGUGGUUGGAGGCCAGUUGAACUCAGGAACUCUUUGCAUGUCAGCUCAGCAAAAGCUGUCCACUCACUACAACCUGCACAAUAUGUAUGGACUGACAGAGGCCUAUGCCACUCACAGUGCUCUUAUGAAAAUACGAGGGAAGAGACCCUUCGUCUUGUCUCGCUCCUCCUACCCUGGCAUAGGACGCUUCUCCGGAGUGUGGACAGGAGAUGUCAGGAGUGACUGGGAGCAACUUCGAUACUCCAUCCCUGCGGUGCUGCAGUUCAGCCUUUUCGGGGUGCCUCUGGUGGGGGCGGACAUCUGUGGAUUUGAAGGCAACACCACUGAGGAGUUGUGUGUUCGAUGGAUGCAGCUUGGGGCCUUCUACCCGUUCAUGAGGAACCACAACGACAGGCCAAAUGCUCCUCAGGAGCCCUAUGUAUUUGGGAAGAAGGCCCAGGCAGCCAUGCAGAGUGCAUUGAACCUUCGUUACUCCCUUCUCCCUUUCCUAUAUACACUCUUCCAUCAUGCACACACUACUGCUGACACAGUGGCCCGGCCUCUCUUCAUGGAGUUUCCCACUGACCCUAACUGUCACACCAUAGACCGACAGUUCCUGUGGGGGAGUUCACUUCUCAUUAGCCCAGUUUUAGAGCAAGGGGCGGUAGAGCUGUCUGCUUACCUGCCCCCUGGCACAUGGUAUAGCCUGCACAAUGGUCAGCCUUUCUACAGUAAAGGUCAGUAUCUGCUCCUGCCAGCCCCUUUAGACACCAUCAACGUCCAUGUGAGGGAGGGACACAUUAUCCCCCAGCAGGAGCCCGCUUUGACAACGACAGCCUCACGCAGAAACCCUUUCUUCCUGACGGUGGCACUUUCAGCAGGAGGCUGGGCCCAGGGCGACUUUUUCUGGGAUGACGGGGAGAGUCUUGACACCUUCGAAACGGGAAAUUACUGUUACGUUAUCUUCAUUGCUGGACAGUCUCAGGUUGUGAGUGACCCUCUGAGGCUGAAUGGGGCCCUGGACAGUCUGGUGCUGGGAGGGCUGCAGGUGUUUGGGGUGCCUUCACCACCCCACUACGUAUUAGCCAAUGGGGAGGAAGUCAGGGAUUUUAUGUACCUCAGUGAUACCAAGGUUUUGAAAGUGAGCGGUCUAGCUUUGCCCAUGUCAAAGGUGUUUACAGUCCAGUGGGCUCUCUGAUGUACUGAACUUCAUUACCCAUGAGCCUUAGGGAACCGUCGCAUUCUGCACUACCCCUGAAAAGCUGUAAUUUUCUGGGCUGACACUAGCAGAUUUCCCUGAGCCAGUCCAGCCAUCACCGAGCUCAAUAUGCACCUUACACUUGCUGUGCCUCUUUUCCCAAAUUGGCAAGCUUUGUAAGCAGAAGGUUUUUAUACAUGUGAUGAUAUCAAACCAUUGAAGCCAUCAUCUUCAUGUGUCUUGCUAUGUCAUUUUUGCUGCUAACUGCUACACUGAAUCAUGUCAUUGUAAUGUCUUGGAAAUGUAGAUAACUUUUCUAACUGUUUGUAGUUCUUUAUAUUUUUAUAAAUAGUAUUUAUAUAAUAACGUCUUUCUUCCUGAAAUAAAUAAAGUAGUGAAAAAAAUGUCUGCAGCGCUGCAUCUGAGCUGAUUCUCCUGAGAUGAGGUAUUAUUUCAUGCCCUUAAUUUAUCUUCUAUCUGAGAUGAGAUCCAUUAUGUCAUUACUUUUUAUCAUCAGAAUA